CCUUUGGGUCACUCUGUUUGAUGGGGGCGAGACCCCUGACGACACAACCAGGUCAGGGAUGCACAAUCAGGCACUACGGCUGUCGCUGGCCUGUCGCGCGACUGGGGCAUUCACUCGUCGCUGGUUUCGAACUAGAGCGCGAACCACGAGCCACGAGCCGCGAACUGUGAGUGUGCGACGACUUGUAUUAGCAAUACGACUAGCAGCACUAUCAGCGUAUCCUACUACCAAUACGCACUCGCGCGUGGUCCUGCACGGGACAACACACACCCGUCUCAUCCCUGCAUCCACUGCUACACAGCAGCCAUCAUGGGCAUCGGAGGCACUUUUGGGCGAAAUCCGUAUACACAAACAGCCCACUGAGGCUUGGGACGGCGGUACCCACCAGCAGCCAAGAAGUGAUGAUGGGCCACUCCCGGGCCCGAGAAUGCUGACAUCUCCGGCCGAAAGUGCCCCGAGACUUGUCCCGAAAAGCGGAUGAGUAGGUAUAGGCAGGUCCGGCGCUCCGAACGAGAGCGAGGCUGUAUCACGCAUAGCUCGUGUUUCUUACGCUACUAGCGUGAGGAGAAGCAGCAAGCUUACCUCGCAUAUCUCGCAUUGAUACAUAGUUACGUGCUGUCACAACUUGGAGGCGCUGUAGGUCUGGCAGCGAUCGCAGCAAGGAAGCUCGCCAGCGCCUC